GUCUCAUUCAUCUUUUGACUUUGGGACGAGAACCUUCGGAGCUAAGUUGAAGUGUGCUUUAUCCGGACAAGAUGGCUUCUCAGGGCAUACAGAUGAUGGGCAUGAUUAUGGCGUUACUUGGAUGGCUCUUGGUCCUAGUAGUGUGUGCUCUGCCUAUGUGGAGGGUUACGGCCUUCAUUGGUGCCAAUAUCGUCACAGCUCAGAACAUCUGGGAGGGCAUGUGGAUGAACUGUGUGGUCCAGAGCACAGGACAAAUGCAGUGUAAGGUGUACGACUCCAUGCUGGCUCUACCCCAGGACCUCCAGGCUGCCCGGGCCAUGAUCAUCAUCUCCAUUAUCACGGGUAUCUUUGGUAUAUUUCUGUCUAUUGCCGGUGGGAAGUGCACCAACUGCAUUGAAGAGGAGAGCUCCAAGGCUAAGGCGUGUAUUGCGUCUGGAGUCCUUUACAUUGUGUGCGGUGUUCUCUGUCUCAUCCCCGUGUCCUGGUCAGCCAACACCAUCAUCAGGGACUUCUACAACCCCCUGCUGAUUGAGGCCCAGAGGAGGGAGCUGGGGCCUCUUGUCAUGGGGAGGAUUGGCAAGGAGGUGUCAGGCCAGGUGCUGUCCAUCAUCGGCUUUGUGGGGGUAUGUGUGACCUGCGGCAUCCCCAUGUGGAGGGUAACCACUUACAUAGGCGCCAACAUUGUGACUGGGCAGAUUAUCUGGGACGGACUGUGGAUGAAUUGCGUCAUGCAGUCCACAGGACAGAUGCAGUGCAAGAUGAACGAGUCUGUGAUGAGGCUGACACAGGACUUGCAGACCGCUCGUGCCCUGGUCAUAAUCUCAGUCUUAUUUUGCUUUAUCGGCCUGGCCGUCACCUUUAUUGGAGCCAAGUGCACCAGCUGCCUCGACAAAGACUCCUCCAAAGCUAAGGUGAUGAUCUUCGGAGGCAUCUUACUGAUAAUCGGGGGAGUCCUUGUCCUCAUUCCUGUCUGCUGGUCGGCAGCGACCACCAUAACAGACUUUUCGAACCCUCUGACAAUCGAGACCCAGAGAAGAGAACUCGGAGCCUCUAUCUACAUUGGUUGGGGUUCUGCAGCGCUUCUUUUUUUUGGAGGCAUCAUCCUCUGCACCUCCUGCCCACCUCAGCAGCCAAUGUAUGGGUACGGACCUACAUACACUCAAGCUCCUAUGUACCCUUACGCUGGGUCCAUGAUGAACCCAGGAAACUACGGCAAAGUAUACGGCCCCCCACCCACAUACUCUGGCGCACCGAGCUACAUGCCCAGCAAACAGUAUGCAGCGCCGGGACCAUACUCUGCUGGAAGGUACCUCUGAAAAACUCAAAGGAACUUUAAAAAAUGUUUGCCUUCAUGUUUUAAACAACUGUUUUGCCUGACUUUGCCUCGCAGAGUGUAACCAUUGCACCCCUUUAUUUACACAUGUACUUACAUAGUAAUUCAAGAUCAUCAUUCUCGUAGAUAUGUACUUUUAGUGUGAUUUUGGAAGAGUAAAUCUGUGUACCAUUGCUUUAAGAUUGAGAAACAAACGAUUUAGACAUAUACAUAGCUAUUGUAAAAAGUCAGUAUUUCUGGUUGAUAUUGAAUGGAAUCUAAAACAUCAACUUCUCUUUUGUAAAUACAAAUUAUAUACAUAAUAUAAAACAAUAUAUAUUGUGAAGACUUGCUAUAUCUUUGUGUGAUUAAUGAUUUACAAUAAAAGAAGUACAAAUUAA